UCUCUUGUUUCAAGCAUUCAUAACAUCGCGAUCACGAUCGAAGAGAAGAGACCCCAAAGAUCGCUUUGAAACCUCGAAGUGUCGCGUACAAAGUGUGAGAAGUAGUAGACGCAAACAGAAAAAUACUCAGACAACCAUACUGCAUAGUCUCGUCCGAUGCUUGGUCUUGGAGUUGGAGCUGUGUCUAUACGUAUGUUGAAAGAGUUUCUUGCUCGGCAACUAUUCUUCGAAAGCCAUACGCCAAACUUGCUUCGCGAGCUGAUUCAUAGACAUUCAGUCUUACUUUCACAUUCGUCGCGUUCGGUCGAUCUUACCGCGGGUAGUUGGUGUUUAUAACUCAAGUGCGCUGAUCGUUUGAUCGAUUAUAGAUCAUUUUUUUAGUGUACGUAUUGGGAUGACCGCCGACGCAUGAAAAGGAACCGUUCCCAAUCGGAAUAUGUACGCGGCCUGUCGUUUCUUCUGUGAGCAUGAUCUUGAAGGUCGCCGUACCGAUUUGCUGCAUGACUGACGACGCCCGACGAGACCGGUUUGCUGUAGCACGACGCGAGUGCAAAUGAGAGACUAGCUAUAGUAGGCCUGGGCAGCGUGUUGCUUGGCUUGCUGCGAUUAAUGUGCAAAUUGGAAGUGUUAUUAUACGAAAGAAAUACGAAUAAAAAAGUGAAUUAACGAUAGAGUGAGAGGAAAAAAUACAAGCAGGAAGCUGGCUGAUUGUAGAGAAGGCGACGACUGCGGCGUGUCCUGAACCAAUCGUUAAUGAUGUUCGGGCGACGAACCACUGCCGGUUUGUUGUGGGCUUCCGUUAUCAUCUUUAUCGGCGUAAUUCAGCUAACUAGCGCAGAGUAUAUUCCACCGGGGCCCAAGUACACGUGUCCGGAAAAAGCAAAGCUCAUCUACCCGUGCGUGUGCACUCGAGGAACGGACGAUGGCAUCUUCAUCAGCUGUGAGAACUCCAACCUGGCCAGCCUGUCGGUGGCAUUCAUCAAUCUGGCCAGCCUGAAUGUGCCCAUCGAAGAGCUACAUCUGAAGCGGUGCAAGAUCAGAAACCUCUUCGGCACUCUACUUCACAAGCUGAGCGUGAAGCGGCUUUACGUGCUUGAUACACCAAUCGCAAGUAUCAGAGAACAUGCAUUUUAUGGAAUUAACGAUACCCUGCUGGAAUUACACAUGGUCAAGAGUGAGCUGACGGCUUUCCCGGGAGAUGCGCUGAAAAUUCUAGGACAUCUGAAGGUACUGAACAUCGAUGGACACAGGAUCGAAAAUUUGCCCAAAGGUGUAUUCGGGGGAAUGACCUUCGAGGGCUCGCUGGAGAAGUUUCAUUUCAUCAAUGGUCUGCUAAGUGAUAUGGGUCAAGAUAUUUUCAUGUCGUUCAAGAAGAUCAGAACAUUGGACAUUAGUGGCAACCGUUUGGUGUCCCUGAAAAAGGGUCAAUUCAAGGGCCUCCGAGAGGCGGAGAUCCUGGAUCUGAGUCACAACAACCUUACCAAGCUGGAUGCUUCGCACGUUUCCGACCUCACCAAAAUGACCUGGAUCAAUGUGUCGCACAACGCACUGACCGAGAUCACGAGAGGUACCUUCGCUCGUAACGCAGUUCUGCGGGUGGUCAAUAUGGCGUUCAACAACAUCAAAAAGAUCGAUGCCAACACUUUCCGAGGAAUGAGGUUUUUGCGAAGGUUGUACCUGCACGAUAACAUGAUCUCCGAUGUUGGACGAGGAACUUUUGGGUCGGUAACGCGAAUCGGAACAAUCGAUUUGGCCCGAAAUCGGAUCAAGAAGGUGGACUACCAGAUGUUCUUCCAGUUGAAUUAUGUUGAGAUCAUCAACUUGGCUGAAAAUGAGAUAAUUGAAAUACAGAAGGAUUCCUUCAAAGAUCUAUACCUCACACACAUCAACAUAUCCUACAACCGGUUAGAAACCAUAGAACCGAAAUCGUUCAUCAAUUGUGCUAACAUGACCGUUCUGGAUUUGUCUCAUAAUUUGAUCAAGAGCAUUCCUCGUAACGCCUUCGAUGAAACGACAUACGCCUCCGAAUGGAUACUCACACACAAUCUACUCACCAAUAUGUCGCAAAUUCCUCUAUCCAACAUGACCGGCUUACGUGUGCUCAACGCUUCAUACAACAACAUCAUUGAUAUUCCAAAGAACACCUUUCCCAAACUCUACGAACUGCAUACGAUCGAUGUUGCGCACAACAACAUCUCCCACAUCUACAACGCUGUCUUCCAGAAUCUGCUCUCUCUACGAAUACUAAAUCUGAGUAACAACGCUUUGGAGAAGAUCGGGCCGUCAACCUUCGGAACGCUACACACACUGCUCGAAAUGGACCUCAGCAAUAACUACCUCAAAGACAUAACCCGUGGAGCGCUCGCCAAAAUUAGCGGUCUGCGAUUCCUCAACAUGGCUCACAACAAACUGGAGCGACUUUUCCAAAUCCCGAUCUCACUGAACAGUCUCAACCUAGCCUACAACGAAAUUAGCGAAAUUCCCGACAAAACGUGGCCCACCAUGAACUCGCUGCUUACUCUCGAUCUCAGCUAUAAUAAGCUCCAGAACAACCUCCAGCGUGGAAGUUUCUCCGGACUACUUACUCUACAGCAUCUGAACCUGGAGGCCAACGAAAUAUCCGAAAUUCCUCGGGAUAGCUUGGCAGACCUGGGAACCAUGCAGUAUCUCUACCUGAAGGAUAAUAACAUAUCGACCUUGACAAAAGCAGCCUUCGGUAAUCUACCGAUCCUGUUCGAACUGCAGAUUAUGAACAACGGUCUGAACCACGUAAGUGAAAGAGCUUUCGACGGCCUUCUGCAGCUGUUGAGUCUGAACAUGUCCAACAACUUGCUCCGGUCCAUCCCGAAUGACGCUUUUCAUGGGUUGGUGUCCCUGCGGAAGUUGGAUGUUUCCUACAAUCUACUAAGUACUUUAGAUAAUAAGACCAACGGAUUGCUGGACGACUGUCUGAGUUUGGAGGAGAUCGACCUGAGUCACAAUCGAUUCAGUUUUGUAACGAAGAAGACCUUCCCCUCCAAUCCGUACAUUCCGUAUCGAUUGAGAAAGAUCAACUUGAGCUACAACACAAUGUCGAUAGUGACCCACGAUCUAAAAUUGGGCACCAAAACGGUGACGGACUUGAACUUGUCUCAUAACAACAUCAAAGACGUUCGACAGGGAGUUUUUGGAAACUUGACGUCGCUCCAGAAGUUGGACAUGUCCCACAACGAGCUGGUCAAGCUGGAAAGUACCGUGUUCAACAUGCCGGAGAACUUUACCGAACUGAUCGUGCACAACAAUCGCAUUUGGAAUGUGAGUUACGAUAGCUUGCUAAAGUUGAAGCACUUGAAGAUGCUGGAUCUGAGGGGGAAUGAGAUUCGCACGUUCGAAGCGGAAGUGGUGGAUAAGAUGAGGACGUCCAAUUUGAAGGUGUUGUUUGAAGGAAACCCUCUGCAUUGCGACUGCUACACCCGUCCGUUGUUCAACUACAUGAGAACGAUGCCAUCGCUUCCGGAAGCUUACCAGAACAUCCGUUGCGCUGAACCCGCUUCCGUUUCCGGCACCCCUCUGUUCAACAUCAGUGACGAGCUGCUCGUGUGUGUUCCUGCUUCCGAUAAAGAAAUCUAUCAGCUACUGCCCGAUCUGCGGUUCCGUGAAGUUUCCUAUUUCCGCGGUCAACUGAUAGUCCAUUGGUACGUGACCACCACCAAAGAUAUUGGUGAUUUCUACGUGUACAUCCGAGAUCGACAGAACAACAUCAUAUUCGAACAGGUCGUGGCUUACACUAGCCGUUUAACCGCGAUUAAAGGGGCUGACAUAAAUCCGCAGAGCUCGUCGUCCCCCUUGGAGCUGUGCGUGCUGGCCAAGAGCAGUAGCGAGGAGAUCAACUUCCUCGAUUCGCAGUGCGUCCAUCUGCCGGAGGAUCUCGACGCGGUGAAGCUUAAGUACAACGAACAAUACAACUACAAACUGCCGCUUAGUUUGACGGGUGACCGAGGAGGGCGCUCCAGUAGCUGUGAUAAUGCUGUAAAUAGAUUAGUGAUACUAGUAAGCGUGAUAAUCGGAGGAUUGCUGCCCAGGUGGGUUCGAUGAUGACCCCGCAGCGAGAAAAAUAAAACUUACAAUUGUUUAUAUGUAAUGAUUUUUUGUAAGACUUUUCUGUAGAAAUCACGAGAUAAAUAUUUAUUAGACAAUUGA